CCUUAACGUCUUAUCCUGAUUCAGAUUCUUCCUGUGUCUCACUUCCUCCUGACAGUCAGUCUUGACACUGAACUAAGCAUUUGGUUUUCCUAGGCUAAAAUUCCUUUGGUACAUGAUUAAAGGUUUUGACACUGCUGCUGUCAUUGCUUUCUAAACAUACCUUGGUAUUAAAUCUAAUAGUCCUGCAGAAAUGUGGAUUAUAUUGUGAGCUCUGUGUGUCAUCAGUGUUUCAUAUAUAUAGAAGUAUGGUAAAAGAUUAUUUUGUAUGUUUUUAAUUAGCAAUAUGUUUUGUAUUAUUUAUGCACUUGGCUUGAAAUAUUUUGUCCUAGGAAAUGGAGUGUUUCUUGUCUCCUCAAACGCCAGUGUCCUGCCACAGGCUUGAAGGAGUUUGAAUACCUGUUUCAUUUUAAGAGGGUUUAUUAAAACUACUGUAAAGUAGGACUGUGACCAUAGAAAUCUUAGCAGUGCAUUGCCUGCGUGGUUCUGUAUGAAGUUUACUUGUUGCAUUUGCUUUGUUUAACAUAAAAUGUGUAUCAUUAAAAUAAGGGAAACAUAACUAAAUGUACUGGCACAAUUUAACAACAAAUUGACUAAGAACUUGUCAUGUAAUAGCAAUCCUUUGGUGUUUCGCCUUCAAAUAAAUUUUAAUGUUACAUGUGUCAGCACGGAUUGAUCUGCAUAUGAACCAGUCCUUGGCUUUUCUUCAAAAAACGACUUCUCCUUUACCUUUUUUAGCUUUUGGAUGGUUUUAUCGGUAUGAAGGAAAAUUUCCCACCAUCCGUAAGAAAGGGAAAGAACAAAAGAAGUCAAAAAGUGAUAGCUUUUGUGAACAGAAGAAGAAUAAAAAGGAAAUGGAGUUUGAGCAAAAACUUGCCAAAGAGAAAGAAGGAAUGUUGGAGAAAGAAAAACAACUGAAAAUAAAUCGUCUUGUGCAAGAGGUAUCUGAGACAGAAAGAGAGGACCUGGAAGAAUCGGAAAAGGUGCAGCACUGGGUGGAAAGACUUUGUCAAACACGGUUAGAGCAGAUUUCCUCUGUGGAGAAUGAGUCUCCUGAGUUGGCAAGUGGACGUCCUUCUGCUUCACCUUCUGCCACGUCAAUGCGGCGUUUUGCCGGUGGCCUGCAGCUUCACACCACAGAUCUUGAUGAUAUAAACUUAGAUGAAGUUGACAAGCCUAAACAACGUGCGCCACCACCUCCGCCACCGCCACCCACAGUUACUCCAGCACCACCACCUCAUCCACUUCCUCCCUCAAAUGUUCCACUUCCCAGAGGCCCAGCCCUCUCAGUAACACCAGCUUCCCAGGUUGUAAGAAACACGUCCCACGUCGGCAAAGUAUCUUCUGUGUCAAGCAAUCCGCUGCAACUUGCUCCAAGUCCACCUACCCAACGUCACCCAGGGGUACCAAUAGUCUCUAAACCAGUUAUGCUGCAUCCUGACCCAAACUUUAUGGUCAGGCCAACAAUCAAAUCAGAGGCCCUGGUAAGCCCUUUGAUAUUCUUUUUCUGAGUGCUCCAGUACUUUGGGGGGUUGUUUUUGACAUGUCCUCAAAGAGUCAAUGUUUGUCUCAUUUCUUGCUAACUAAAAUUCACGUGUUUUCAAGUGAUCAGUAAUGGUAAGUACAAGAGAGUUUUUUUCUGUAUUUUUCCCAUUAUCUAAAAGCCACUUUUAGUGACAGUUUUGUACAAGGGUGCAUAA